UCCCACCUCCUUCUGCACGCCAUAAAAGUCAAUAUAAGCAUGGUAGAGAUGACUGGGCUAUACCAAUCAUGGGAAAGCAAGUCUUCUGCCGGGCUCUCGUCUCUGCAAAUUGGCUCUCAGGAGCCCUAAAGUCCCGGCCUAACUUGAGGGUCCUGGAUGCCACGUACGAUAAGGAUGCCCAGAAGCAGUUCUCACAGAGGCACAUGCCCAAGGCAAGGUUUUUUGACCUGGACCAAUGCAAAGAUCAAGCUUCACCUUAUGAGAUGAUGCUGCCCAGUGAGAAACAUUUUGGCCAAUAUGUAGGCAACCUUGGGAUCAAUAAUGACAGCCAUGUUGUGGUUUAUGAUACUGAUAAGAUGGGCAUGCUCUCUUCCCCAAGGGUCUGGUGGAUGUUUCGGGUAUUUGGGCAUAAGAAUGUCUCUGUUUUGGAUGGUGGGCUUCAGAACUGGCUGAAGCAGGGGCUUCCUGUAACAUCAGAGAAUCCACAGUAUGGACCCGAGACCUUCCGAGCAAAGCUGGACCCCUCUCUGCUGAAAAGAUUUGAAGACAUUCAGGACAACAUCAGCAGCAAGCGCUUCCAGGUGGUGGAUGCCCGGUCAGCGGGGAGAUUCAGGGGCCCGGAGCCAAAGCCCGGGGAAGGCAUUGAACCCGGGCACAUCACUGGCACCGUCAAUCUUCCUUUCUCCAGUUUCCUAACAAAGGAGGGUUAUGAGAAAUCCCCGGAAGAGAUCCAGCGUCUGUUCCAGGAGAAGGGGGUGGACCUGAACAAGCCCAUGGCUGCUUCUUGCCGUCGAGGAGUCACAGCGUGCCACGUGGCACUGGCUUCUUUCAUUUUGGGCAAAGAGAACACAGCGGUCUAUGAUGGCUCCUGGUCUGAAUGGUUCCACCGGGCCAAACCUGAGCACAAGGUGUUUGAGAAGAACUAGAGAGGCAAGAGGGGCUACAUGUUUAGGCCACUGACCUCUGCCAUGGACAACUGGAGUCACAGUCUCCAUUGCUGUAACUGCCACACAAGAUUAUAGGGACUUUGUUACCCAUAGCAACUAACUGUCAGCUAUCAUUAUUAUAAGUCUCUCUGGCAGUCAAGGGUAACUGCUUAUUGGUUGCUAUGGGUUACUGGACUGUAUUAUAAACAAUAGCAGGAAAAUGGAACAUGCAGUCUUGUCCUGUACCCAUAAUGAUUUUGCUAAAGCCAGAUGUGAGUAUAUAUAUAUAUUUGUGGGUGGGUGGGCAUGUCAGAGAGGUUACUCUACAUGAAUUUGUAAACUAAGAAUCAAUAAAUGUGUAUUUGUCUGCCUGUC